UCACUCUCUCUCUCUCACUCUCUAUCUAUCUCUUUCUCUUGUGUGUGCUUUUCUUUCUCUAUCAUUUACAUUUCUGGUCUUUGCUGCUGUUCUGGCAUUCAACAUGUCCACUUGUAAUUCUUUCUCUUUCUCUGUUUUCUAAUCUUUAGAGGUGUUCUUCACCUUAUAGCACCAUCUCUGAGUUCUUGAAUUCCUUUUCUCUCUCUCUCUCUCUCUCUCUCUCUCUCAUGAUUUGUGAACUUGUUCUUCUAUCACAGUGCUAUCUUUGAGUUCUUGAGUACCUUUCUCUCUCUCUCUCUAUAUUCCAAUCUUCACUUUCAAAGUUCUCAUCUUGAAUCCCUAGUUUCUCCUCUUUUUCUCUCUCCAAAUCUUUUGCCAGGUCUGAGUUGAGGAAAUUCUCAGCUUCAUUCUCUCUCAAAGGUACAACCUUUUCAUUCCACAAACUCUGAAACCAUGGAGAAGCAGCAGCCCAUUCCCUAGAAAACCAAGCAAAGAUCCAAUCUUUGCACCUAAACAUCAAGAAAUGCAUCUCCAUCUCCAUCUUCUUCUCCUCCUCCUCCUCCUCCUCUUCAUCCCUUUUCCUUCCCACUCAUCCGACCUCCGAUCCCUCCUCGAGUUCAAGAAGGGCAUCGUCUCUGACGCCUCCGGCCUCGUCCUCUCCUCCUGGAACCCCCCGCCGUCCAACCUCUCCUGCCCUACCUCCUUUCAUGGCGUCGUCUGCGACCUCUCCGGCUCCUCCGUCAUCGCCAUCUCUCUCUCCGGCCUCGGCCUCGCCGGCGAACUCAAGCUUGCCACUCUCUCUUCCCUCAAAUCCCUCCGCAACCUCUCCCUCUCCAACAACUCCUUCUCCGGCCGCCUCGUCCCCUCCCUCGGUUCCAUCACCACUCUCCAGCUCCUCGACCUCUCUUCCAACCACUUCUACGGCCCCGUCCCCGCCCGGAUCACCGAGCUCUGGGAUUUGACUCACCUGAACCUUUCCCACAACCAGCUCACCGGCGGGAUUCCGGCGGGCUUCCAGAACCUCCAGCAGCUGAGAACCUUGGAUUUAAAUUCCAAUGGCCUGUGGGGCGACGUGGGGCAAUCUCUCUCUGAGCUUAGGAAUGUUGAGCUUCUGGAUUUGAGCUCCAAUGGCUUCUAUGGAGCCAUUGCUUUAGAACCUGGGAACUUCAGCUUGGGGAACACAGUGAGGUACAUGAAUCUCAGUGGUAAUCAGAUCAGUGGGGAAUUCUUCUCCAGUGAUUCCAUUGUCAUGUUUAGGACGUUGGAGGUGUUGGAUGUGAGUGGGAAUCAGAUUGGAGGCCAGCUUCCCAAGCUUGAAUCUUUGACAAAUAUGAAAGUUUUCAAAGCUGGAAAUAAUCGCUUGUUUGGUCCUGUUCCAGUGGAGCUGUUUGGUGAUCGGAUGCCAUUGUUGGAGCUUCAUCUCAAUGCCAAUGCAUUCUCUGGUUCUGUCAGUUCUAUAAACUCCACAACUUUGAAGGUUUUAAAUCUUUCCUCAAAUUCACUAGGAGGUUCACUCCCGGCUAGCUUGGGCAGCUGCACAACUCUGGAUUUGAGUAAAAACAUGCUAUCUGGUGACCUAUCUGCAAUACAGGAGUGGAAAGAUACACUAGAGGUCAUUGAUCUGAGUUCAAAUACAAUUUCAGGAAGCUUUCCGAACAAUACCGCUCAGUUUGGUUCUUUAAUUUCUAUCAAGCUUCAGAAUAACUCUUUAGCCGGUGUUCUUCCUGCUGUAUUAGGCACUUAUCCUAGGCUAACCACAUUGGAUCUUAGUUUGAAUGAGUUAACAGGACCGAUAUUACCGAGCCUUCUAACAUCACCAACAUUGACUAGUUUGAAUCUGUUGGGAAAUCACUUUACAGGAUCUAUCCCUUUUCAAAGCCUUUCAUCUGCAGAUUCAACUGACAUGACUGCACAUUCACCUCUAGAAAUUCUUGACCUGUCUGACAAUCAGUUUUCUGGUCUUCUGCCACCAGAGGUGAGUAACAUGAAAAGCCUUAGAGUACUAAAUCUACGGGAGAAUACAUUGUCGGGUGAGUUGCCGGUUGAAUUGAGCAUGCUUGGUGGAUUGGAAGUUCUUGACCUUUCUGUCAAUCAAUUCAAGGGUAGGAUCCCUGAAAUGCCUCAGCCUGGUCUAAUGGCAUAUAAUGUUUCCUACAAUGACCUAUCUGGUGUUGUUCCUCAAACUCUGCAGCGGUUCCCAGAGUCUUCAUUCCAUCCAGGCAAUGCUUUCUUAGUCUUACCAGAUACCAUUGGUUCUAGAACAAAUAACACUGAUAUCAACAAUGGCGAUGCUCAUCGUAGACAUAUGAAGUCCAGUAUUCAAGUUGGGUUUAUUGUUGGCUGUGUUGGUGCGGUGGUGUUGAUCAUUUUCUUUUUCAUGGCAUUUUAUAAGAUAAGGUCUCAAGAAUUUUGUGGCAGAAAUGGAUUUGGAGCCCAAGCUUUUGGUAGAGAUGUAAAGCAAGAAAGAUUCAGUGGUGCCGAUAUGUAUACGUCUCAACAAAAAGAUGAUCCUGCGCAAAUUUCGACGAGUUAUUCAAAUGCGCAUCUUUUGACUUCAACUUCCCGGUCAAUGUGUCCUCAAAGGGACUUGAUGAGUGAGAUGGGGGAAUACGGCUACUCUGAUCCAAACGAACUUCCUGAGUUGAUGAAGCUUGAUGCAGUCGAACACCAUUCUCCAAAGUCACCCUUACCUUCUUCACCGCUUUUUACUGACACACACUCAUCAGAGCAAUCAGUGGUGAUGGAUGUUUAUUCACCUGAUCGGUUUGUCGGAGAGCUACUUACUUUUGACAGGUCUUUAGUGUUCACUGCAGAGGAGUUAUCGCAUGCUCCCGCAGAAGUCCUUGGUAGAAGCAGUCAUGGGACUUCAUAUAAAGCUACAUUAGGCAAUGGUCAUGUGUUAACGGUAAAGUGGCUCCGGGUUGGUCUUGUGAAGCAUAAAAAAGAUUUCAUCAAGGAGGCGAAAAGAUUAUGGAGCAUAAGGCAUCCAAACAUUGUCCCGCUAAGGGGCUAUUAUUGGGGCCGGAAGGAGCAAGAAAGACUUAUAAUUUCAGACUACAUCGAAGGCGAUAGUUUGACACUGUAUCUUUAUGAAUCAACUCCAAGAAGAUACUCCAGAUUAACGGUCAACCAACGGCUAAAAAUCGCAAUUGAUGUUGCUCGUAGUUUGUGCUACCUGCAUGAUGAGAAGAACCUACCUCAUGGUGAUCUAAAGCCGACUAAUAUUAUCUUAGGACUUGAUUUCACUGCACGGUUGACAGACUUCGCCCUUCAUCGUUUUAUGACCACAACUGGCGUUGCAGAGCAGGUGUUAAAUCUUGGAGCUCUUGGAUACAGGGCACCGGAAUUAGCGACAGCAGCUAAGCCACUCCCAACAUUCAAAGCUGAUGUGUAUGCUUUCGGUGUCAUAUUGAUGGAGUUGCUAACUAGAAAAAGCGCCGGUGAUAUUAUAUCCGGCCAGCCGAGUGCAGUUGAUCUUACUGAUUGGGUGAGAGUGUGUAAUAGAGAUGGAAGAGGAACAGAAUGUUUCGACAGAGACAUUGCAGGCUUGGAGGGUGCAUCAAAAGUGAUGGAAGAGUUGCUUGCUCUGUCUCUCAGAUGUAUUCUUCCGGUAACUGAGAGGCCUAACAUGCGAGCUGUUCUCGAAGAUCUCUGUUCCAUAGAAUCAUGAUUUUUGUACAUUUUAUUUAAUUUUUUGCUCUCACAAUUUUCAGUUUACCAGCUUGCCAACCGAGAUCAAAGCCAUUCUCUGUUUCUUGUGUAAAAAUGGUUUGUCCAUUGAUUGAUUGACAUUAAACUGAUUUUGCAUUCCAGAAGGAUGUUAGUUAAUGUAAUUCUGUUGUUUGA